UUUAAAAGCGCGUAUAUUUAUACAAAAUCGUUGGAAAAAUAUCCGAAAUAAUACCAAUCAAUGAUACCCCAAUACAACCCCACACAGAAACAACAAGUGCAAUUCGUCGUCAGAAAUCGAAAUCGAAAUAAAGUGCAAAAUGCAUUGUAGCUGAACCAGAAAUAAAUAAGAGAAAUAAGAGGAAAUAGUGCUUUAAAUAACUCAAAUCGAGAGCGUAUAUUCAUAUUUGUACAGAUAUUAUAUAGCCGCUGCACAGUGCAAAUCGUGGACUUCCCAGUAGUAUCUGAGAAUCCCAGAAAUUUGAAUGAAAUUCGGUGAAAGCGAGAGAAUCGGAGAAGGCACGGCUCGGAAUCAAACGUCAACAAAGCGGCGACGUCAGCGGCGCAGCAGCGGCGCAGACAUUUGUCUAGCCGCCGUCUGUGGAACGCCCCCGCUACCCGCUGUCCUGGAGCAUCCAGAAGCGGUACCCAGCCCGAGGACAGUAACUAUUCGCCAGUGCGUGAGUGCGUGAAUAUACGAGGGAUUUGUGCCCGAGAUCCCCGCAUACAGUUACGGAUAAAUUAAUAGUGACGGUUACACACGGUUAAAGUGAAAGGAUAUUUUCAUACACAUAAUAAAAUAUAUAUAUUUAUACCUGGGAUUUAACCCCCGCUGGAGAGGAUUGUGGCCCAUGGAUACUUGUGGAUUAGUAGCAGAACUGGCGCACUAUAUUGAUGCAUAUGCUCUGAUUUUUCCGCGUCUUGAAUGAACAGGAAUUCGGGCGAAAAUGUAUUUUGAGCGCAAGCAAGUGCGCAAAAAAUACUAGAGACACCACACACAAAGAGUCCACGACAGACUGCACCAGUUGAGCAGGAGCUCGGUGCAGACAACAGAGCUCCUUAACGCAGCCUUAAGGAGACUUAACCAGGAGAAGAUCCUUCUCCAUAGCCAGACCAACUGCCAGGGACAAGCCGCUUGUCCCCAGCCGACGCCAAGUGAUUCAGAUAACGGCCCCAAAACGGCGACCAUCGGCUACCAGAGGAUGAAGCGGCGCUGGUCGAACAACGGCGGCUUCAUGCGCCUGCCGGAGGAGUCCUCCUCAGAGGUCACCUCCUCCUCGAACGGGCUCGUCCUGCCCUCAGGCGUGAAUAUGUCGCCCUCGUCGCUAGACUCGCACGACUACUGUGACCAGGACCUGUGGCUCUGCGGCAACGAUUCCGGUCCGUAUGGCAGCUCCAACGGCAACGGCCUGAACCACCAACAGCAGCAGCAGCAGCAAAGCGUCAUAACGCUGGCCAUGCAGGGCUGCUCCAGCACCCUGCCCGCCCAGACGACCAUCAUUCCGGUCAACGGCAAUGGCAAUGGGAACGGGGCCACCAAUGGCUCCAACUCCAAUGGCCACUAUGUGCCGGGUGCCACCAAUCUGGGGGCUUUAACCAACCACGGGCUGCUCAACGGUGGACUCAACGGAAUGCAGCAGCAGAUGCAGAAUGGCCACGGUAUCAUCAAUUCCACCACCCCCUCGACGCCAACCACCCCGCUCCAUCUGCAACAGAACGGCGGAGGCGCCGUAGGUCUCUCCGGGAUGGGCCUGCUCCAUCACUCAAAUGGCAACUCGAAUGGCCUCAUCGGAAGCGGUGGAGUGGGAGUAGGAGGAGUCGGCGGCGGAGUGGGUGCCGGAGGCAUGGGCAUGGGAAUGCAGCACACACCGCGGAGCGAUUCGGCCAAUUCCAUUUCAUCAGGUCGCGACGAUCUCUCGCCCUCGAGCAGCCUCAACGGAUACUCGGCGAACGAGAGCUGCGAUGCGAAGAAGAGCAAGAAGGGCCCCGCGCCGCGGGUGCAGGAGGAGCUGUGCCUGGUGUGUGGCGACCGUGCCUCAGGCUACCACUACAAUGCCCUGACCUGCGAGGGCUGUAAGGGCUUCUUCCGGCGCAGCGUGACGAAGAGCGCCAUGUACUGCUGCAAGUUCGGGCGCGCCUGCGAGAUGGACAUGUACAUGCGACGCAAGUGCCAGGAGUGUCGCCUGAAGAAGUGCCUGGCCGUGGGCAUGCGGCCGGAGUGCGUUGUCCCGGAGAACCAGUGCGCGAUGAAGCGGCGCGAGAAGAAGGCCCAGAAGGAGAAGGACAAGAUGACCACCUCGCCCAGCUCGCAGCACGGUGGCAACGGUGGCAGCCUCGGCUCCGGCAGCUCCCAUGACUUUGUCAAGAAGGAGAUUCUCGAUCUGAUGACAUGCGAGGCGCCCCAGCAUGCCACAAUUCCGCUACUACCUGAUGAUAUUUUGGCCAAGUGUCAAGCGCGCAAUAUACCUCCAUUAACGUACAAUCAGUUGGCCGUUAUAUACAAGUUAAUUUGGUACCAGGAUGGCUACGAGCAGCCAUCCGAAGAGGAUCUCAGGCGUAUAAUGAGUCAACCCGAUGAGAACGAGAGCCAGACGGAUGUCAGCUUUCGGCACAUCACCGAGAUAACCAUACUCACAGUUCAGUUGAUUGUUGAAUUUGCAAAGGGUUUACCAGCGUUUACAAAGAUUCCCCAGGAAGAUCAGAUAACGUUACUGAAGGCCUGCUCGUCGGAAGUGAUGAUGCUGCGCAUGGCUCGCCGGUACGACCACAACUCCGACUCCAUAUUCUUCGCGAACAACAGAUCGUACACGCGGGACUCGUACAAAAUGGCCGGCAUGGCCGACAACAUUGAAGACCUGCUGCAUUUCUGCCGUCAAAUGUUCUCGAUGAAGGUGGACAACGUCGAAUACGCGCUACUCACUGCCAUUGUGAUCUUCUCGGACCGGCCGGGCCUGGAGAAGGCCCAACUAGUCGAAGCGAUCCAGAGCUACUACAUCGACACGCUACGCAUUUAUAUACUCAACCGCCACUGCGGCGACUCCAUGAGCCUCGUCUUCUACGCCAAGCUCCUCUCCAUCCUCACCGAGCUGCGAACCCUGGGCAACCAGAAUGCCGAGAUGUGCUUCUCGCUAAAGCUCAAGAACCGCAAGCUGCCCAAGUUUCUCGAGGAGAUCUGGGAUGUGCAUGCCAUCCCGCCCUCGGUCCAGUCACACCUCCAGGUCACGCAGGAGGAGAACGAGCGUCUGGAGCGAGCGGAGCGGAUGCGCGCCUCCGUGGGUGGCGCCAUCACCGCCGGCAUCGACUCGGAGUCCGCAUCCACCUCUGCGGCGGCGCAGGCGGCCCAGCAUCAGCCGCAGGCCCAGCCUCAGCUCGGGAAUCAGGCACAGCUUCAGUCGCUGACACAGACGCAAACGCAGACACAAUCCCAGGCACAGCCGCAGCUCCAGCCUCAGCUGCAAUCCCAGCUGCAACCACAGCUUCAACUCCAGCCCCAGACGCAGCAUCUUCCUGUCUCCGUACCCGCUUCCGCCUCUGGCUCUGUGUCUGCGGUCAGCACGAGCAGCGACUACAUCGGCGGCGGUGGGGCCAUGGGACCCACCACGGCGGCGGCCACCUCCUCCACGAGCAUCACUGCCGCGGUUCCUGCCAGCUCCACCACAUCGGGGGUGGCAAUGGGCGGAGGCGGUGGCAACGGAGUCGGAGUAGGAGUGGGCGUAGGCGUAGGGGUUGGCGGGAACGUUAGCAUGUACGCGAACGCCCAGACGGCAAUGGCGCUAAUGGGCGUGGCCCUGCAUCCGCACCAGGAACAGCUGAUCGGCGGCGUGGCGGUCAAAUCGGAGCACUCGACAACGGUAUAGCAGACGUAGCGCCACCAGCAGCAGUACCAACACCCCCAGACCAUCGGCGUCCUCCUGGACUGA